AUAUCAGACGCCGCUCAAACAUUGAUACUGCUACUGAGGUGGUUAAAGCAUUUAGACUUGUGCACGAAUGGCCCAGUUGAAAGCAUUUCCUGCAUGUUCAUCUCCUGCUACUGCUCCUUCUCUGCAUACAAGAGAGCAGCUUCUGCAUCAUCAAUUCCGGAAGGCAAAACCAUCAUUGUUCAAAGAGUUGGGGCCAAGAACAAGGGUUGGUGCCAGUAAACUUCAAGUUGUAAAAUCAGUGCAACGCAGUGAUACUGGGGUAGAAGUUUCUGAAACCAGGAAGGGUAGUGGGCUACGUGGAAAAUUGAAUAAGGUUGUGCUGGCUUAUAGUGGUGGCUUAGACACAUCAGUCAUUGUCCCAUGGCUGAGAGAGAAUUACAAUUGUGAUGUCGUUUGCUUCACUGCUGAUGUUGGCCAAGGAAGAAAAGAAUUGGAAGGUUUAGAAGCGAAAGCUAAAGCCAGUGGGGCCUCUCAAUUAGUGGUAAAGGACUUGAAGGAGGAAUUUGUUAGCGAAUACAUAUUCCCUUGCCUGCGUGCUGGUGCAGUUUAUGAGAGGAAGUAUUUGCUUGGGACCUCAAUGGCCCGUCCUGUAAUUGCGAAGGCCAUGGUUGAUGUUGCCAAAGAAGUUGGAGCUGAUGCUGUCUCCCAUGGGUGUACAGGGAAAGGAAAUGAUCAGGUUCGAUUUGAGCUCACUUUCUUUGCUCUGAACCCCAAACUAAAAGUUGUGGCUCCAUGGAGGGAGUGGGAUAUUACAGGGCGAGAAGAUGCUAUUGAGUAUGCUAAAAGGAAGAGUGUACGUGUUCCUGUGACAAAGAAAUCCAUAUAUAGCAGGGAUAGGAACCUUUGGCACCUUAGCCAUGAGGGUGAUAUUUUGGAAGACCCAGCUAAUGAGCCUAAAAAGGAUAUGUACAUGAUGUCUGUAGACCCUAAGGAUGCUCCAGAUAAAGCAGAAUAUGUGGAAAUUGGUAUAGAGUCGGGGCUUCCUGUUUCAGUGAAUGGGAAGAGGCUAUCGCCAGCAUCUUUACUUGCUGAGCUCAAUGAGAUUGGCGGAAGGCAUGGAAUCGGACGGAUUGACAUAGUUGAGAAUCGGCUUGUAGGUAUGAAGAGCCGUGGAGUUUAUGAAACUCCCGGUGGAACCAUCCUGUUUGCUGCAGCACGUGAUUUGGAGUCUCUGACACUUGAUCGUGAUACAAUACAAGUCAAAGAUUCAUUAGCCCUUAAAUAUGCAGAGUUAGUGUAUGCUGGCAGAUGGUUUGAUCCACUUCGGGAGUCCAUGGAUGCUUUUAUGCAGAAGAUCACAGAGACCACAACAGGUUCUGUGACUUUGAAAUUGUACAAAGGUUCUGUUACUGUAACAGGUCGGAAGAGCCCCUUUAGCCUGUAUAGAGAAGACAUUUCAUCAUUUGAGAGCGGGCAGAUAUAUGAUCAAGCUGAUGCUGCAGGGUUUAUCCGGCUUUAUGGUCUUCCAACGAGGGUCCGAGCAAUGCUUGAGCAGGGCAUCUAAGUUUUCAUUUCAUUUCAACAUGUACUUAAUUGAAAAAAAGACCUGCUUUGUUGCACUAGACAAAUUUCGUUGUCCAUUCGCAUGUUGAAAAAACGGUGGAUUGUAGCUAGAGUUAUUAGCGGAUCACCUGAACCUUAAUAAAAUGAAUAUCUAAACAUUCAUACUGAAUUCAAAUUCAGGUUUUAAAAUGAUGAUUAACUAAAGAAGCAUUGUUUAU